GAUAGAAGGAAGGUACACGCACAAUGUACUCGUUCUACAGUCACACAACCUCAUGCCCGGCCACGUCGUUGGCUCCGAGAAACCUUCGUUACCGGCCUCGGAUUGCUCAGGAGCAUGUGUGGCAUCUUGUGCUAUACCGACCACGAUCAGGGCCAGGGAGGACCCACCUCGAACCCCACUGUGAAUGGCCCCCGCCUUGACUUGUCGGGCACGCAAGCCCUCUUGGCCCACCGCGGACCUGACGGUCAAAACGCCGUGAAGCUAGCCUGCCCGCACCAGCCCGUGGUGUGCCACUUCUAUGCCACCUUGCUCUGGUUGAGAGGCCGCCAGCCCGUGCUUCAGCCCCGUCUGGACCCCACCCGAAGCCACGUGUGGUUAUGGAAUGGCGAUGUGUUUGGCGGCCUGCCCCCCGUGCCCGCCCACGAGAACGAUACCCAAGUCAUUCUGGCGCGGCUCCAGGCCUCGGACAAGGGCAACCAGAUUGCGGAUGAGCACGUGCCCGAUGUACUGGGCCAGAUCCAGGGACCGUUUGCCUUCGUGUAUUGGCGGGUGGCGUCGGGCAAGAUCUGGUUCGGACGCGAUCCCUUGGGGCGGCAUAGCUUAUUGAUGGGACGGGAUCCCCGGCGCUUGUUCUUGAGUUCCGUGGUGGAUCCGUCCGAGGUGGACGCCUUCGAGCUGCCCGCCCUGGGCAUCUACCAGCUGGAUCUAGCAGCCUCAUUGGGCCAGCCCGCUUCCAUCCAAAUUCAUGCUUGGCGACCGGAUGCUGGCGCCACCGCGGCCCAUUUAGACGCUCGCUUCGUCCUGGCUGAGCGCACGCUCACCUCGACCGUUUCGUUGACGAGCGUGGUUUCCACCCAUACACCGCCCGGUUUUCUACCCGCCGAUGUGGACCCAGGCUCGCCUUCGGUUGGGCCUCACGUCUUGGCCGAGUAUUUACGCUUCUAUCAGACUACCUACGUAGAGCCUUUGGAAUCCCAUUUGUCCGCAUCCAUUCGCAUCCGGGCUCAAGCGCAACCCGCUCAGUGCCACCGGUGUCGCCAGUCCCAGCCCCGUCCCUCGAAAUGCGUGUGCGCCCGUGUAGGCGUGCUCUUCUCGGGCGGCUUGGACUCGGUGCUGAUAACCGCUCUACUCUGCCAAGUCCUCCCCAUAGAACAGAGCAUUGAUCUCAUGAAUGUGGCUUUUCAAAAGUCCGAUUCGCCAGGCCAGCCCGGCUUUCUCGUGCCCGACCGUCUCACCGGGCUGCAAGCCUUACAAGAACUCCAGGAACUAUACCCGACCCGACGGUUCAAUUUCGUGCCCGUUGAUGUGACGAAAGCGGAGCUGAUGGCCAUGCGGGAGAAACGCCUUAAGAAGCUACUCUAUCCCUUGACCUCUGUGCUGGACGACAGUAUUGGUUGCGCCCUUUGGUUCGCUGCCCGUGGGUCCACUACGGCGAGAGUGCUCUUACUAGGUAUGGGAGCGGAUGAGCAGUUCGGAGGAUAUUCCCGUCACCGAGUCCGAUAUCAAAGAGAAGGCUUAUCAGGACUUCAAAACGAGAUGGACAUGGAACUGGCGCGGAUCUCGGAGCGGAACUUGGGGCGUGACAAUCGAAUAUUGUCGGAUCACGGGAUUGCCGCGCGGAUGCCGUUCCUGGAUGAAAACUUGGUCAAUUUCCUCGCUUCUUCCGUUCCCAUUGCUGUCCGGACACGCCUGGACAUGCCUCGUGGCUUGGGCGACAAGAUCCUGCUGCGCGCAUUGGCCUGGAAACUAGGCCUACGUCAAACUGCCCUGGAACCCAAGCGAGCCAUUCAAUUUGGAUCGCGGAUUGCUAAACUGGAGAAUGCGAAAGAGAAGGGAUCGGACAAGGCACACCGAACAUCAUGAGAGAAAAAUGAUGUGGCAUAUAUUAUCUAUACUAUACUAUUUAUAUGUUGUCGCACUGUCCAAGUUCAUGUUGGAUAUUUGAUUAUUAAAUCGGCAUUUUGUGGGGCCGA